GGAUCACUGGACCUCGUAUAUAAUGUCCCUCCCGCCGACGCAACCUCAUCAUUACAGUUUGGCUCCUUUAGUCUCUCGUAGCCUGAUCUGAGCUCUUCGGAGCCCUUCUCGGUCUCCAGAUUCUGCAGCUUCUCACUUCCGAGCCUAUCACCUCCUCUUCGUUCGGUCCAAAGGAUAAAAAAUUUGUUCGAGAUGGUGAUGAUCAAGCCCGAUCACCAGAUGGUGGCUCAGGAGGAGCUGGAGUUUCAGAACCAGGUGAGGGAGAUCAAGCAAUGGUGGGGCAGCGAGCGAUUCCAGCACACCACACGGCCAUACACGGCCGAGAGCGUGGCCAAGCUGAGGGGGAGCCUGCCGCAGCAUUACGCCUCGAGCGAGCAGGCGAAGAAGCUGUACGCUUUGCUGCGCAGGCACCAGGCCAACAAGACAUGCUCGAGGACCUUCGGAGCGCUGGACCCGGUGCAGGUCGCGCAGAUGGGCAAGUACCUGGACUCGAUUUACGUGUCGGGAUGGCAGUGCGCGUCGACGGCCUCGACCUCGAAUGAACCGGGCCCCGAUCUGGCCGACUACCCCAUGGACACGGUGCCCAACAAGGUGGAGCACCUCUUUUUCGCGCAGUGCUUCCAUGACCGCAAGCAGAGGGAGGCUCGCCUGAACAUGAGCAAGGAGCAGCGCCUGGCCACCCCCUACGUCGACUACUUGGCGCCCCUGAUCGCCGAUGGCGACACGGGCUUCGGUGCCACCACCGCCACCGUGAAGCUGAUGAAGAUGUUCGUCGAGCGGGGCGCCGCCGGCGUGCACAUGGAGGAUCAGUCGUCCACGACGAAGAAGUGCGGGCACAUGGGAGGCAAGGUGCUCGUCCCGACGCAGGAGCACAUCAACCGCCUCAUCGCCGCUCGACUGCAAUUCGACGUCAUGGGCGUGGAGCAGGUGCUCGUGGCGAGAACUGACUCCGAGGCAGCGUCGCUGCUCAUGUCCAACAUCGAUGCGCGCGACCACCCCUUCAUCCUCGGCGCCAGCAACCCCGCCGUCAAGGGCAAGUCGCUCGUCCAGGUUGUCCAGGCCGCAGCCGCCAAGGGCGCCACCGGCGCUCAGCUCCAGGCCCUCGAGAGCGAGUGGAAGGCGCAAGCUCGCGUCUGCCUCUUCUCGGACCUCGUGGCCGAGAAGAUCCAGGCCCUCGCCAUCUCGAGCCAGGAGAAAUCCUCCCGCACGGCGCAAUGGCUCGCCAAGGUCGGCGACCUCUCCCACGACCAAGCUCGUGAGCUCGCUGCAUCUCUCGGCGUGACCGACGUUUUCUGGUGCUGGGAUCUGCCCAGGACCCGCGAGGGUUACUACCGAUACUUGGGUGGCACCAAGGCCGCCAUCGCCAGGGGCAUUGCCUUCGCCCCGUACGCCGAUCUGAUCUGGAUGGAGACUGCCAAGCCCGACUACAAGCAGGCGAAGGAAUUCGCUCUGGGAGUGAAGGCCAAGUACCCUCACCAGAUGCUGGCGUACAACCAGUCGCCCUCGUUCAACUGGGACGCUGCCAACAUGACCGACAAGGAGUUCGAGGAGUACAUCCCCAAGCUCGCCGAGCUCGGAUUCGUAUGGCAGUUCAUCACCCUGGCUGGAUUCCACGCCGAUGCUCUGAUCACAGACAAAUUCGCUCGUGCCUACGCUCAGGAAGGUAUGCUCGCCUACGUGCGUGACAUCCAGAGACAGGAGCGUGUGCAUGGAGUUGAGACCCUCGCCCAUCAAACCUGGUCUGGUGCCAGCUACUACGACCAGAUUUUGCAGACCGUCAGCGGCGGGUACUCUUCCACUGCCGCCAUGGGACAUGGUGUGACGGAGGAUCAGUUCAAGCAGGGUCCCAAGAACGCGAAGUUGUAGAGUGGCCGAAGCUUUUGGUUUCGGUGGGGCGAUCUAUUCUACCAGAUGUGUAUAGAAUGAGCGACGAGUUAUGACAUUGAGGAUGCUGACUCUACUAAUAUGCUCCUCAUUGAUAUCGAAUAAUGUUUACAUUUUUGCACCGGGAUUAUUUUCGAGGCGGCUUAUUCGCUACUUCUUCACCAUAAGACCCAGUGGUGGAGGCGGAGAUUAGGUUGUAAGGAGGAGGAGUAUGCACGAAUAUUUGUCACGACCUUCGGCGGGUUUUGGAGCAUUCAAGAAUUCAUUGCAGUAUAUUACUGUAUUAUUGUAAAAGUCCCAUUCUGUUACAGCACCAUUGCUGAACAGUAUUUAUAAAAUUACUAGCA